GUCCAACCGUGACUGCCAGAUCGACCAGCACCAUCGCAACCAGUGCCAGUACUGCCGCCUCAAGAAGUGCUUCCGAGUUGGCAUGCGCAAGGAGGCCGUGCAGCGUGGCCGCAUCCCGCACUCGCUGCCCGGCGCGGUGGCCGCCUCCUCCGGCAGCCCCCCGGGCUCGGCGCUGGCCGUGGCAGCAGCGGCGGCCGCAGCGGCAGCAGCGGGAGGCGGCGGCGGCGGCGGGGACCUGUUCCCGGGGCAGCCGGUGUCGGAGCUGAUCGCGCAGCUGCUGCGGGCCGAGCCUUACCCGGCGGCGGCGGGGCGCUUCGGCGGCGCGGGCGCGUGCGGGGCCGGCGGAGCGGGAGGCGGCGGCGGAGCGGGAGCGGCGGGCGCCGUGCUGGGCAUCGACAACGUGUGCGAGCUGGCUGCGCGGCUGCUCUUCAGCACGGUGGAGUGGGCGCGCCACGCGCCCUUCUUCCCGGAGCUGCCGGUGGCCGAUCAGGUGGCGCUGCUGCGCCUCAGCUGGAGCGAGCUGUUCGUGCUGAACGCGGCGCAGGCCGCGCUGCCCCUGCACACGGCGCCGCUGCUGGCCGCCGCCGGCCUGCACGCCGCGCCCAUGGCCGCCGAGCGCGCCGUGGCCUUCAUGGACCAGGUGCGCGCCUUCCAGGAGCAGGUGGACAAGCUGGGCCGCCUGCAGGUGGACUCGGCCGAGUACGGCUGCCUCAAGGCCAUCGCGCUGUUCACACCGGAUGCCUGCGGCCUCUCGGACCCCGCGCACGUGGAGAGCCUGCAGGAGAAGGCGCAGGUGGCGCUGACCGAGUACGUGCGCGCCCAGUACCCGUCGCAGCCCCAGCGCUUCGGGCGCCUGCUGCUGCGCCUGCCCGCCCUGCGCGCCGUGCCCGCCUCCCUCAUCUCACAGCUCUUCUUCAUGCGCCUGGUGGGCAAGACGCCCAUCGAGACGCUGAUCCGCGACAUGCUGCUGUCGGGGAGCACCUUCAACUGGCCCUACGGCUCCGGCUAGCGCCCCCAGACCCGCCUCACGGGGUGCGCCCCCAGGCCCGCCUCAC